AUGGAGGUUACGAAAAGGAAAUGGUUGGAAGAUAACCCUGAGUCAUCAAGUAAUGAAGACCCUGUGCUUUUCGAUACCUCAAUUAUUCCUUGGUGGGCAUGGAUGAAGAGGUGUAGGCCUCGUCGACCAAACAGGCAACUUGUUUUGCAAAACACUAUUGUUUAUAGCCGUGGCUGGCGUCCACCUAAUCCGCAAGAACAAGGAACUACCAAAAAGUUACUGAGACUACUUUCUAUGACAACCAAUGGCAAGCAUCUUGGAAUGAUGAGACCUGAAGCAGCUCGAAGGAUUCUUGAGAUUAUUGUCACUAUUGAGCAAGAAAAAACUGAGGGGUCUAAUGGGUUGCCUUUAAACUCAAAUGGAUCAUUUGAAGUUGCGAGGAUAUUUGAGGAUGGUAGGUGGAUUGGAGGGACAUGGGAUUUGAAGAAAUUUGAGAAAGAUGGCAAGGUGUAUCAAGAAUGUAUAAUUGAUAGUUAUUCAUGCGCAGAGGUUAGGAGAAGGAAAUGGUUGGAAGAUAACCCCGAGUCAUCAAGUAACGACGACCCUGUGCUUUUCGAUACCUCAAUUAUUCCUUGGUGGGCAUGGAUGAAGAGGUCCCAUCUUCCUGAAGCGGAAUGUCUCAAUGGUCGUGCUGCAAUGGUUGGUUUCUUUAUGGCCUACUUUGUGGAUAGCUUGACUGGUGUAGGUAUCGUCGACCCAAUGGGGAAACUUCUUUGCAAAACACUAUUGUUUGUAGCUGGUGUACUAUUGAUCCGCAAGAACGAGGAUUUAGAAACUAUCAAAAAGUUGCUGGAAGAGAUUACUUUCUAUUACAAGCAAUGGCAAGCAUCUUGGAAUGACAAGACCUCAAGCAGCUUGAAGGAUUCUUGA